UCCUAGGCAAAAAGAACAGAUGAAUAAGAGAAAUGGAGAGAGUGCAGUUGACCAGCGUUACCUUUUCCACGGUACAGAUGAGUCUCUCAUAGCAGCGAUUUGUGAGCAAAACUUUGACUGGAGGAUCUGUGGAAGUCACGGGACACUUUAUGGGAAAGGCAGCUAUUUUGCCAGAGAUUCUUCAUACUCUGACAAAUAUGCAAAAUCCAGGAACGGCAAGACCAAGAAGAUGUUCGUGGCUCUGGUGCUGGUGGGAAACUUCACAAGGGGUAACAAUACUUUAGUCCGUCCUCCACAGAAACCCAACAGCCAAGGCUUUUACGACAGCUGUGUUGAUAAUGAGACUAACCCGGCCAUUUUUGUUGUGUUUGAGAAAUUCCAGAUCUAUCCUGAGUACAUCAUUGAAUACUCUUAAUUUGUAUAGUAUCGAAAUACUUGAAUAUAUUUCGAAGGUCUCCUUGUCUAUCUUGAAAUACUUAUGAAAGUCCUGAUACACAGACCAUUUAUGUUAACAUCACUGAAUAUAACCAAAAUCUAUAUCUCUUUGGCAUCUUCUUUCAAGUAAAAGAUUGUAGGGAAUAAGGUAAUAAUUACGUAAUAAAUAACGGUGUUUUAUGAUUUAGUUGACAAUUGUAUGAAAACUGACCAUUACUCAUGGCCAUUAUAUUUAGAUUUUUUUAAAUGUAAUUCAUGUUUGAUUUAUUUUAAUGUUGAAUGAGGUGAAUAGAAUUAAAGUACUGAUACUGUUACUAUUACUUUCAUUGCUGUAAAAAUA